AUGGCUAAAGUGGAAAUUAAAUACACCAAGUUGUUCAUCAACAACGAAUUUGUGGAUGCUGUUAGCAAAAAGACUUUCCCCACCAUCAACCCCCAAGAUGAAUCUGUCAUCAUACAAGUCGCUGAAGGAGACAAGGCUGACGUAGACCUCGCUGUAGACGCAGCCGUUAAGGCCUUCCACCGCUACUCAGAAUGGCGUACCAUGGAUGCCUCUCAGAGGGGAAGACUCCUCAACAAAUUGGCCGACCUUAUGGAGAGAGACGCCAAAUACUUGUCAGAACUUGAAACUUUAGAUAAUGGAAAACCCGUCGCUCAAGCUCACGGUGAAGUUAUCUGGGCAUCUCAUGUGGUCAGAUACUACGCUGGUAAAGCAGACAAGAUAUUAGGAAACACCAUUCCAGCUGAUGGAGAGGUCAUCUCCAUGACUUUGAAGGAACCAGUUGGUGUUUGUGGACAAGUUCUUCCCUGGAACUACCCCAUUCCUAUGUUCGUAUGGAAAAUCGCACCUGCUUUAGCUGCUGGCUGCACCGUGAUCGUAAAGCCAGCAGAACAAACACCUCUUACGGCACUUGCAAUGGCUGCGCUUGUAAAGGAGGCUGGUAUUCCUGCUGGAGUUGUAAAUGUUAUUACCGGUUAUGGCCCGACCGCUGGAUCUGCCCUCACCAACCACCCGCGUGUAGACAAGAUGGCUUUUACUGGAUCGACAGAGGUCGGUCGGAUCAUCAUGAAAGGUGCCGCUGCUGUCAACCUUAAGAGAGUCACUCUUGAGCUUGGUGGAAAGAGUCCUCUUGUUAUUUUCAAUGACGCUGAUGUGGAAAAAGCUGCAGAGAUUGCCCAUCGGGCUGCAUUCGCCAACGCAGGUCAAUGCUGCGUAGCUGGUACAAGGACCUAUGUUCAAUCUGGAAUCUACGACAAAUUCGUUGCUAAAGCAGCUGAAAUCGCUAAGAAGAGGACUGUAGGGAACCCUUACGGAAAUGUUCAACAGGGACCACAGAUCGAUACGGAGAUGUUCACCAAAGUGAUGGGUUACAUAGAGGCUGGUAAAAAGGAAGGUGCUCGUUGUGUGGCUGGAGGCGGACGCCACGGCAACGUCGGUUUCUUCGUUCAACCCACUGUCUUUGCUGACGUCACUGACAACAUGAAGAUAGCCAGGGAAGAGAUCUUCGGGCCAGUCCAGAGCAUUCUUAAAUUCGAGACCUUUGAGGAAGUGGUAGAUCGUGCUAAUGACUCCAACUAUGGCUUGGGCGCUGGUGUCGUCACCAACGACGUCACUACCGCUCUAGCAUUCGCCAAGUAUGUACGUGCCGGAAGUGUUUGGGUAAACACAUACGAGCAUGUCGCUGUCCAGACUCCGUUCGGUGGUUUCAGGGAGUCCGGUAUUGGUCGCGAAUUGGGUGAAGACGGUAUCCUGCAGUACUUAGAAAACAAGACAGUUACAAUCAGUCUACCAAAGAAACCAGUGGUCUAA